AUGCACAUCGCAGGGCUCUUUCGAGUGUCUCUCCUGGUGAAGCGGACUGCCCAUGGGAAUCACAAUCGUUUCCGGCCAAGAAUAUGCGCAGGAAGCCACUUGUGGCAGGCCUUUUCUGGCGCAAUGCGAUCUUGGGCAUACCUCCAUUCUCUUCGGCAUAGCAAACUGCCGGAGUGGGCAUUAUUGCUCCUUUACAGAAUGGAAUUUGUUUCUUGCGAAGAAAAUAUCGUUCCGUCGGCGAGACCAUUGUGGGACAAUAGACACUAUUGCUCGCGAUCGAGAGAUGAACCCUCUGAAGGCAGCGACCAAUUAUAUGUAACUUAUGUAUGGAAGUCGUCGUUUGUCAGUCCGAGUCAGCAACAUCUGCAAGUUUUCGACGUCAAGACUCCGAUUCUCGCCUUCAUAAACCUCAUCUUUUUGGGUUUUCUCAAAACCCUUAUCCGCCCGCAAACCUAUCUUUUGGUGUUUCGCGACCGUCUUUAG